AGCUGUCACCCAACAUCCACGUCUCUCAUCGCGAUUCUGGCCUGCUUGGAGUACCCGGUUUAACCUUGGUGACUGCAAUAAUUUCAUUGAUUUAGGUGCAGCUCUUAAGUGAUCCGAAUUGAGCAGCUAUGGCAGUAAAAAUCACCUCCUUUUUCGCACUAUUGUGCCUAUUUGCCAGUACAUACAGUAAAUCGCUGGAAAGUGUAAGCGAUGAUGAUUUAGUCCACAUAAUAAAAAGUGAAGAUAACGUCAUUGUUCUGUUUGCCAAAAAAGACUGUGAUGAUUGUGAUAGUUUGGAAACUCACCUUAUAAAUCUGGAACAUGAUCUCAAAGACCAUUUGGAUGCAUCGGCAGUGAAGGCUGUGGGAAGUAACAUGGUUCGACUGUACAAUCCAGCUAAGGAGCCAGCUCUUGUUUACUUCCGCCACGGGAUUCCAUUGUUGUACGAUGGUCCUAUUGAUGAUGAUGCCAUUCUUCAAAAGUUCAUUGAUAAUAAGGAACCUGUCGUGAAGGAAUUAUCGGAUGAGACUUUUGAACAUUUAACCCAAGCUUCGACAGGAGCGACAACCGGAGACUGGUUUGUAAUGUUCUACUCUCAGGACUGCAUCGAUUGCCAACGGCUGUCUGCGGUAUGGGAAGGACUAGGUGCCAACUUGAAAAACCGUGUUAAUGUUGCUCGCGUUAAUCGCCUUAGUGCAGGCAUAGCAACUGCGAAACGGUUUGGCGUAGACAAGUCUCCAGAGUUCAUUUUCAUUCGUCAAGGGAAAUUCUACCGCUACGAAACUCCGAAAUACGACAUUAAAACUUUCACGGCAUUUGCCCAAGAUUGGUUCCGCAACGCAAGAGCUGAUAAGGUUCCAGUUCCAAGCUCGCCAUUUGACAGUCUCGUUACUGCCUAUGCCGACCAUCUGAAAAGAGGAGUGGAAUACGGAAAGUCACUCUACAAAGUCUAUCCAUAUGCUGUUUAUGGAGCUGUAGGAGGUGUUGGUUUGAUUCUCUUGUCAUUAGUAUUCUCCAAAUUCCGAGCUGCGAAAAAAGCAGGAGCCAAAGCGACAAAGAAAGCCAAGUGAAGCCUAAAGCUAGAAUAGAGGGAUCGUUUGCCUAAUACUUGAACUUCGCAUUGAAAUGUGAAAAGUCUUUUUUGUACUUAGGAUAAGAGAUGAAUUUGAGAGAAAAUAUAUUUCCAUGUCGACUUUUUAUAUGAAGCAGCGAAAGCAAUAUCUUAUAAAAUAAAUAUUUUAGUUACCUUGGGUAGGAGAGUAGGAUUUUUAUCAUCAUC